GAUCCCCGCCCUCGGCCAAGCAAGAUGCCGCUGGGGCUACGGGUAAAGAAGAAAGCCAAGUCCAGGGAGACCUCCCGGCUGAUGGAGGGCGAACAGGAGGGCGCGGACGGCCGCGACCUCACGGCGCCGCCGGUCCGCCCGCCCAGGCUGGUCUUCCACACGCAGCUAGCGCACGGCAGCGCCACGGGCCGAGUGGAGAGCUUCUCCAGCAUCCGGGAACUCUACGCCAGGAUCGCGGGCGUGUUUGAGAUCGCGCCGUCGGAGAUCUUAUAUUGCACUUUAAACACACCUAAAGUUGACAUGGAAAAACUCUUAGGAUCACAACUAGGUCUUGAAGAUUUCAUAUUUGCCCAUGUGAAAGGGAUUAAAAAAGAAGUGAAUGUGUAUAAGUCUGAGGAUUCACUUGGUCUUACCAUUACAGAUAAUGGUGUUGGCUGUGCUUUUAUAAAGAGAAUCAAAGAGGGCAGCAUAAUUGAUGCAGUGAAAACAAUCUGUGUAGGAGAUCAUAUUGAAUCCAUAAAUGGAGAAAGUAUUGUUGGGUGGCGUCAUUUUGAUGUUGCUAAGAAGUUAAAGGAAUUAAAAAAAGAGGAACUCUUUACCAUGAAGUUAAUAGAACCGAAGAAGGCAUUUGAAACAGAGCCAAGGUCAAAAGCUGGAAGUUCCUCGACGGAAAAAAUUGGUACCGGAAGGGAGACACUUCGCCUGAGAUCGAAGGGUCCUGCCACCGUGGAAGAAGUGCCCUCUGAAGCCAAAGCCAAGGCAAUCGAAAAGGUUGAUGAUCUGCUUGAAUUGUACAUGGGGAUUCGAGAUAUUGAUUUAGCUACCACAAUAUUUGAAGCUGGAAAGGACAAAGGCAAUCCAGAUGAGUUCGCUGUGGCACUUGACAAGACUCUUGGAGACUUUGCAUUCCCCGAUGAAUUUGUCUUUGAUGUUUGGGGAGCCGUUGGUGAUGCCAAACGAGGGGGAUUAUGAUGUGGAUGGUCCAUCACUGCAGAAAUGAUCCACUGUUCCUUU